AUGGAUGGGGUGUCUCCGGCCGCCCAGACAGCGGACACCAACGCAGCGCAGGAGGAAUUUGACAAUGAGAUGCACGAGGAGACCAACGAGCACGAAGAGCUUGGGUCCGUGCAGCUGGGGAUCUCUGCGGCACAGGCAGUAGCAGACUCCGAAGCGGCAGAAUCGACGUUCGUCACCGAAAGGAUCCCCUCGAUUCGGAACUUCAUGGGCACCGAUGAGGCCUCUCACGUGCCAAAGCCGCUCUUGUGCGCGAGUCUCGUUGUGACUCUCAUCUACUGGCUCCUGUUUGUGUAUUCGCAAGCCGUGCAUCAGAACUCUGCUGUUGCUUGGGAGAUUCGGGCCACUUUCCAGAAUCUCGACGGCAACGUACUCCGAAGACGGGGCAAGAGCGUCGGCCAGGGUGACGACAGCCCAAACGAAGAUGUCUUGGAAGACUUCGCGGAAGCCUACGACUGGCUACUGCAGGGCUACUUCCCGCGCCUGUGGCAGGAUACACCUAUGGGCCGAGGUCGCUUGGCUGGGCGUUUGCACCUGGUUGGGGGUGUCCGCCUGGCGAGGCAGUGGAGCGCGCCGCUACAGUGCGAAGAGGACCCCCAGCUCUGGAUGGACAUCAUCUACAACGAGUCAUGCUCCCAUGGGGCAACAAGGAGAGACGGCGCGCAGGACACAUACUGGCUCGACAUCUCGCAAGACUUGGGCGCAAUCCUUGUCCACCUAAGUCACCUGCAGAGCAGCAACUGGCUGUCGGCGGACACCAACGGCUUGAGCUUCAAAGCCCUCUUCUACAACCGGCGGAGCGAGCAUUUUGUCCUCCUGUCCUUCGACUUCCUCCUAGAAGAGAGUGGAUACCUGCGCCGGCAAAGCUCUCUACAGAUGAUCCCUUCAAAUGUAUACACUUCCAGUCCGAACUUUGUUCUUUCCAGUACGGCGGCAGACGUUUUGGCAGCCCUUGGUUUGGCGGCCUGUGUGGUGGUAGAGGUGCUCAUGUGGUGGCAGACAUGGAAGAGCCAUCACAUUCAGUCCUUUGUCUUCAACGUCUACCGGAUCGUCAGCUUGAUUCAGGUUGUUGGAGGCAUUGCGUAUCUUGCUUUGUAUGCCGUCCUUGCCGGAGCAGUCGACCGUCUCAGCGACAAGCUCCGGGAGUUCGCCUCCCUUUCUGGCACGGUUGUGGACUUCCCGCCAGGGAACCUCACCGACGCGGCCCAGGGUCGCCUCGAGGUCAUGAGCGAUGUCUACCGCCUCACUGAGGAUGCCGACCAACUGUUUCGGUGGACGCAGUGGCUGUGCUUCUGGUACCUGCUGGUGCUUUUGCUGAAAUUCGGGGAAGGCCUCCCCGUAUCCCCUCGGCUGCGGGUCUUCGUGAACACGCUGCACGAUGCCAUGGGCAAUAUACUGUACUUCUUCAUCGUCUUCAGCGUUGUUUUCGUCAACUUCGCCAUGGGUGCCCAUUUCUUAUUCGGUCACAUUCUCUACUCCUGGUCUCGAUCGUUCUUACCGUUUGCAUCAUCAUUCAGGGUACUGAUGGGCGAUUUCGACUUUAUGGCUAUGUAUGCCAUUGCGCCAGUGAGCGCCAUAUUCUGGUUUACACUCUUCACCUUGAUGGUUGGUUUUGUGCUCAUGAACCUCUUCAUUGCCAUCGUCACCUUCUCUUUCGACCGUGUUCAGCAAGAAGCCCUGGGCCACUCAAAGGAGGAUGCCUUGAUGAUCCUCGCGCACCACGUAGGAAAGAUUUCAAAAAUGGGAAGCCAACGCAGGCUGUCCCUCACCAACAAGGCUGCGCAUGUGGCCUCCAUGGCGAAUCCCAUGUCAAAGCUUACGAGAAAGAAGAAGGCCAAUGAGAAGAAGAAUGCUGACGCCGUGGGCACGGAGGAUGGGAGCAAGGAGCAGGAAGGGGCAGCAUUUGAGCCAUCUCAGGCAGGCACUUCAGGUGAUUUGACUCAAACCGAGAAGUUUUGA